GAUAAUUUGGUUUACAGUUAUACAUUUAUAUUCACACUUUAUUUCUUUACCUUUAUCAUGUUUAGAUUUAGUACUAAGUUUUAAAGUAUUUGGUUUUAAGAGCUUUGAGUACAAUACGUAGGAAUACAAUAUGGGAUUAACAUUUUUAAUCGUUCUACUUAUGUGUACUUGGUCUGUUAACGCCGAUUUACAGAAUGUAAGCGAUGAAGAGUUAUUGUCUUUAAUUAAAGAAAAAGAGAAGCUCAUUGUUUUAUUUUCAAAAACAAAUUGUCCUCUAUGUGAUAAGUUUGAUCAACAGUUAGAUAGUUUAAAUGUAGACUUUAAAAAACACCUUGAUGCUUUGACAGUGAAAACAGAAAAUAGUCACUUGGUUCGUUUGUAUAGUCCUAGUAAAGAACCCGCUGUGGUAUUCUUUAGACAUGGUGUUCCUUUGUUAUACAGUGGAGAACCAGAUGAAAAUGAAAUAUAUGGGUUCUUUGAUAAGAAUCAGUCUCCCGCUGUCAAAGAGCUUACUGAUAAAAUAUUUGAGCACAUGACUCAGGCAGCUACUGGAGCAACUACUGGAGAUUGGUUUGUCAUGUUCUAUGGUGCUUCAUGUGUGGAAUGUCAGAGGUUGCAUGCUGUAUGGGAGAGUGUGGGUGCUACUUUACGCAACCGCAUAAAUGUAGCUCGCAUAGAUGCUAGCUUUCCUGGUGUUAAUACUGCAAAACGGUUUAAAAUCUCUAAGUUGCCAUCAUUCUUAUUAUUCCGAUUAGGAAAAGUCUACAGAUAUGAUUUACCAAAGAAUGAUGUUAAAUCAUUUGUAUCAUUUGCACAAGAUUGGUACAAAAAUGCUAAAGCUGAAGUUGUGCCCCUUCUUGCAUCACCUUUUGAUGAAGUUGUGGACUGGUCAGUUGAUAUGUUGAAAUUCAGCAUUGCUUAUGGAUUGGAUAUAUUAAUAAAAUAUCCAUGGAUUUGGCAAAUUGGAUUAGCAGGAUUUGGCUUGGUUGCUAUUACGGCAUUGAUAGCCCUUGUAAAGGCCAGAAAACCAAAAACAAAAGGUGUUAAAAAAGACAAAAAGAGUAAAUAAAUGCUCUAUGCAAUUUUUUGCUGCAUGAUUCCUA